AGUGGAACACUUCAAACUGCGGAGCAGCACAAUGCAUUGGCUUGAGUACGGAGGCGUCAAGCAACAGGACGGAUUAAAACAAUACUGUUUUCAUUGAAGUUUACAACAAGAAAGAAGGAAUUGUAAAUUAACUUUGGGAAAUUGGAUAUCGCAUCAUAACGCGCUAUUGGAGGGACUGACUGAGACUUGCACCACUGUGAGAAGAGAACAGAGAGUGGACACCUUGGUUGAGUAGAGACUGUACUCGCUCGUUUGGGAAGCACCCUAACUCCCAACUAGCCUCCAUGCUCUUCAACCAGUCCUAAACCCUAGUUGAGCCCUAUCCUAACUCUCAACUAGCCUCCAUGCUCCUCAACCAGUCCUAAACCCUAGUUGAGCCCUAUCCUAACUCCCAACUAGCCUCCAUGCUCCUCAACCAGUCCUAAACCCUAGAUGAGCCCUAUCCUAACUCCCAACUAGCCUCCAUGCUCCUCAACCAGUCCUAAACCCUAGUUGAGCCCUAUCCUAACUCCCAACUAGCCUCUAUGCUUAUUAACCUCACCGUGUCCGUCAAGGAGUCCCGUGCCUUUCAUGGAACGCCACCCGCCAGCGCCUGCGGUGUUGCGCCUCUCGUCUUGGAAUUGACAGCCAUGAAUACCCUCCCUCUCCUUCCUGGUGCUAAACCUGUUCCCGUACCCCUCAUCCCUGCUCCUCCUCCUCCCCCGCCUCCUCCUCCCCCGCCUCCCUCCUCUCCUCUGACCCGUAUGGACUCGGCCCGUCACAGCCGGCUGAGGAAGCUGAACUGGGAGCAGAUCCCUAAGGAGAAGGUGGAGGGGAGGAAGAGUGUCUGGAGUGGAGCGGCUACGGAGGAGGAAGAGUUCCUUAUAGAUCUCCCCUCUCUGGAUGAGCUGUUUGGACAGAAGGACAGUAAACCUCAGGACAGAGCCGGGAGUUUGAGACGCAGGUCUGUGCUGAUGCGAUGCAGUUCACCCCAGGACAACACCACGGAUAAGGUCUCACUACUGGACUCCAAACGCAGUAUGAAUGUGGGAAUAUUUCUACGGCAGUUUAAGACGGCUGUCCAGGAGAUAGUGGAGGAUAUCCGGCAGGGGGUCGGGACCCGCUACGGGGCCGAGAAACUGUCUGAGCUCUGCAAACUGCUGCCUGACGCAGACGAGGAGGCUCGCCUGAAGAGGUUCAAGGCAGAACGCAGUGGGCUUGGGGAGUCUGACCUCUUCAUGAUUCUGCUAGUGGACGUCCCCAGCUUUCGUCUACGUCUGGACACCAUGAUCCUGCAGGAGGAGUUUGACCCUGCCGUGACCUCUCUCUGUCUGGCAGCCAGAUGUCUGAGGGAGGCGGCCAGAGAGCUGUUGAGCUGUCCUGAGCUGCACUCCAUCCUCCGUCUGGUUCUGAAGGCAGGAAACUACAUGAACGCUGGCGGGUAUGCAGGCAACGCAGCAGGGUUCCGAAUCCCUUCCCUGCUCAAACUGGCCGACACUAAAGCCAACAAGCCAGGCAUGAACCUCCUGCACUUCGUGGCCAUGGAAGCAGUGAAAAAGGACCAGAGUUUACUGUCGUUUCCUGGCCAACUAGGACACGUCGGCCCCGCCUCCAGGUUGUGUGAGGAGUCUGUAGUAGAGGAUCUCUCCAGGCUCCACAGCCGUGUGGCAUCCCUCAGGAUCAGUGUCCAGACGGAGGCAGAGAUCCAGCAGCUCACACAGGCUUUCCUGGAGGUGGCAGAGGACCGUCUGAAGGAAGCAGAGGAUGACGUGGAAGGGAUGAGGAUGUCCAGUCAGGCUCUGGUUGAAUUCUUCUGUGAGGAUGACAGCAUCUUUAAACUGGAGGAGGCCUGCAGGGUCUUUCACUCCUUCUGCCUUCGCUUCCAAAGAGCCGUACAGGAAAAUGCCGAGCGGGAACAGAAGGAGCAGAAACGGAUGGAGCGAGAGCGUGAGAUGGUGGAGAAGCGUCGCUCUGUGGCCGUGUGUACAGGCCUGGACCUGGGUGUGGUUCUGGGUCGGGUGUCCCCACUGGGAACCCAGAAGAACCAGGAUGACCUGGAGAGAACCCUUGAGAACCUGAGCCACACCUGGAGCCAGCGCAGCCUUAGAACCCAGGAGAACCGCAGACACUCCCACUACCUCCAGAACACCACCUCCGCUCCUCUUCAGACAUAUCCCCACCUCAACAACUCCUCCAUCCUCUGUAAUACCUCCAUCCACCCCCAGACCUCCCCAGGGCUUCCCUGCCCCACCUACCCAAGCCAGGAGAGGCCAUCCCUGGGGACAGAGACCAGGAUAGAGCCCCUGGUCCAUCAGCACCAACCAGUCCUGGAGACUAAGAGACCAAAUCAUGAGGGGACAACUCAGACUCAAGUCUCACAAACUCAACAUGAACUGACUUCUAACGUCACUAAAACCCAGUGUGGACGUAGAUUCAAUGUCCCCCAAAACAGGCAGGACAUUAUUGCCUAUGUCACUCAAACCCAACAUGGAAUUGCCACUAACAUCAUUGAAAGCCGACUCGCACCAACGACUCAAGUGACUGAAACUCACCAUGAACGAACAGUUGAUGCCAGCCCUGACCAGCGUGUACUGACCACUAAGUCUAUGGCCAGUCCUUAUAGACACUCCUCCACUACCUCUACUGCCAUCCCCAGUGUGAGAAGAAAUACCAUUGGUCUUAGACACAGGCAUGACCUAGAGGGGACUGACCCUACCCCUAUUUCUCAGGCGAAACGCACAGACACCUCAGUCAGAGACGCAGAGCAUCAGGACCCUGACUUCGCUCCUCUCCCAGUUUAUACGGUCACUGAGGUGACUGAGCAGCCCUUUGAGAGCCAAUCAAAAUCAUCCAUGGCCACUGACACCCCAGACGGUGUCCAAUCGCAGGAGUCUAAGGGAGCCAAGGAGACCUCACAAGGAAGUGGUGGUUCCUUGGAGCUGAGGCUUUCACCUGAGGGGGGAACAACCCAGCAGAGGGAAACAGAAUCUCUCUCUACACCAGUGGAACAGAGAUGGCUGCCUCCCAGCCUACCAGAGCUGAGCCCGCAGCAGGCACAUCAAUGCCCAGAGGUCUGCAGCCCUGACAGGGAAAGGGACCGGUCAUACCCAUGUGUGGGCGAAACCCUGGAGUGCCACACCCUGGUCCGAGGCCUGCGUUCCUAUGACAACCUAUCCCCUCCUCCCACCCCAACCACACCCCUCCCCAAAGCCCCACCCAGCCUCUGCUCCAAGUGGAGGAAAGAGAGGCAGGCGGAGACUCCAGGGUCUGGUGCCGGACCGCCAAUGGGGAAAGAGGACUCUCGGAGCGGGGGGAACACUCCUGUUGUCCGAGGAGGGGCUAAGAGGGGCGUGGUACCCCGUACACGUCUGCCUAACGAUACAGGCAUCCAUAGAGCCCUUUUAAUUUCCAAACCAGAGACACAGACACCCACUGGGCCUGUCCCAAAUCCUAAUUUACAGACUACACCACGUUCCACUCGUCUGGCGUCCCCGUCCGUACGCAGCUCCUCCAUGCGCUCCUCCCCCAUCACACGUCCUACUACUACCCAGACAGAGGUGAAGCGGAGCAGUAGCACCAGGAGUGAGAGGAGCCAGGCUGGGGGUGAGAACCAGCAGCAGGCCCCAGGGAAACCCACCAUGACCCGCCGGGCAUCAGAGAGAGCUGGGCUGGGGCUUGGACCAGAGAGGGAGAGGACUUCUAGCACCAGCACCACUAGUAGUACAGCUACUACCCAGCCAGCCUUUGUCAGGGGCUCCCCUCUCAGGGUGACCAAACGUCUCGCCCCCACCUCCAACUCUGAGACCCAACACUCCUCUCAGCCCCGCUCCACACACAGCCCCUCCUCUGCUACAGCUAAAACCAUCCGUACAGCUGUUAUAGCUGCGGCCAGGACUAAAACGGCCAAGACGAACCCCGGCACAGAGCUCUCUAGAGCUGCUGUCCCUGCCUGUAAAACCCCCACAGCAACACGGAUACCUGGACCUAAAAUGGACCGUCCUGCUUCCUCGCCCAUGUGGAAGUGAUCAUGGCAGAUCAUACCACUUUUUCAACUUUAUACAGUAGUCUUACUUACGCACAUACACGUACCUAUGUGUGUUUGGGUCCAUUGUACAUGUAUGUGGGAAUCACAAUUCACCAAGUAAUUUAUCAGACCUCUCUGUUCUGGAGGAGUAGGUAGUUGCUGGUCCAUUCAGACUCUAUUCAGCUGGUCCAGAAUCGAUGGGGUGUUUUCACUUCGGUCUCUCCCAUACACUUUCUUGUCUGCUGGGAAGAUGACAAAGGACUGCAACUCCAACAAAAUGGCUGCCACUACACCAGUCUACAGCUGUUCUGUUUUGGGCUGUACUGUCACCGUAGAUAGAAAUAUCUUCGGUUCUACACACCACCUCCAUCCACUAGUGUCCUGUGCAGUCAAAAGGGGACUUCAGGGAGAGACUACUACCCCCUCCCCACACACACACACACACACACACACCCAACCUGGACUUUGUCAAGCAGCCUGAAAUGUGUGCCUCUGACCUUGUUAAUCUGUAGAAAAUCCUUAAUUUAGGAUUGUGGCACUGCAGCCUCCUCUUGGUCGUCCAACAGAAUCAUUCUCAUCAUCUUGUUUUUUUUAGGGUGCAUGUUGAAAAUGGCAGUUUUUUUUCUUUCAAGUGGUUAAUUUAUUUAACUUUAGUUGUGUCCUAAAUGGCACCCUAUUCCCUAUACAUUGAGUAUACCAAAUAUCCUAAUAUUAAGUUGCACCCCCCUCCCUUUUACCCUCAGAACAGCCUCAAUAUGUCAGGGCGUAGUGCACUACUUUUGACAGGAGUCAAUAGGGCUCUGGUCGAAGGUAGUGUACCAUGUAGGGAAUAGGAAGCCAGUGGGGACUCCACCACCAUACUUGAUCAGUCCAGCUCCUAUGUGCCAUGUCAUUUCUGAAUCCUCAAUGAAUUGAGUGUGUAGUCUUAGAAGUGUAUUUCUAAAUGAUUAGAUGCAUGGACCAGACUCCUCAGACUGAAUAUAGUGUGACCCUUCUUUCUCUUUCGUUGCUUUCUCACCUCGGGCUAUUUGUUUGCUCAAUCAGCAAUCAAUCAGUAUGAUAUAUCUAAUUGAUUAUUGGUAAUCAAUCAGUAUGAUAUAUCUAAUUGAUUAUUGGUAAUCAAUCAGUAUGAUAUAUCUAAUUGAUUAUUGGUAAUCGAUCAGUAUGAUAUAUCUAAUUGAUUAUUGGUAAUCGAUCAGUAUGAUAUAUCUAAUUGAUUAUUGGUAAUCGAUCAGUAUGAUAUAUCUAAUUGAUUAUUGGUAAUCGAUCAGUAUGAUAUAUCUAAUUGAUUAUUGGUAAUCGAUCAGUAUGAUAUAUCUAAUUGAUUAUUGGUAAUCGAUCGAUUUUUGUUGGUUAUCCUCAUCUUGAAUGUGAUCUUCAUUCUGAUGCACUUUAACAAGUGAAGGGGAGACCUGUUGCUAGGAUACUCACUGUAAUAUUCUACUGCUGAUGUUUAUAUCAAAAAAGAGAUGUUAACUUAAAUUGAACGACAUGAAUUGUGAUCCAUGGCGACAAUGUGUGCAUUUGUAAAAUAAAAUAUAAAAUAAAAAUGCUAAUCACUC